AUGUCCACAGCACAAGUCCCACUCCUGCGAGCACCGGUUCCCUCCCGUGGUCCUCCUCGCCUAGGGCUUUCAAUCCCAGGAUCUUCAAAUAAUGUACCUCAACAGCCCAUCCCCCAGCUCAAUACUCAAGUCAACAAUGGAUACUCUGCACCGAUUCUUGGACCUCCUCAGCCUAGACGUGGCCCACCUAAGCUAAGUCUGGCAACCCCCGUGGCUGGAGCAAAUCAGCAGUAUGCGGCUUUGGGUUUUGCUAUGACGUUGAAGAAACAGGUGCGGAAUUCACCCGAUACGAGCGGUAUGGGCAGCGAAUCCGCGAUUCUUGGAGGAACAGGAGGAACGGGUCGCGGGGGAAGCAUUGACUGGGAAAACGAAAACUUGGACGCAGAUGAUCUGGAUGAUGAAGGGUGGAGGAGUGCUAGUUUAAAUGAUAGAAUUAUAGAACUGGGAAGUCUUGGUGAAGGAGCUGGAGGAGCUGUGACGCGGUGUAAAUUGAAGGGCGGAAAAACAGUUUUUGCCAUGAAGAUCAUUACCACGGAUCCCAACCCCGAGGUUAAGAAGCAAAUCUUCCGAGAGCUCAGUUUCAACAAGGAAUGCUCAUCACCGUAUAUUUGCAAAUACCACGGUGCAUUUAUGGACGUCUCCUCAGCAACCAUCUCGAUCAUCAUGGAAUUUUGUGAAGGUGGCAGCUUGGAUAGUAUCUACAGAGAGGUGAAGAAGCUCGAGGGCAGGACUGGAGAAAAGGUUUUGGGGAAGAUCGCAGAGGGCGUGUUGGAGGGACUAACAUACUUAAGUGGAAGAAAGAUUAUCCACAGAGAUAUCAAACCCUCGAACAUCCUUCUUUGUAGAAAUGGGCAAGUAAAAUUAUGUGACUUUGGUGUUUCCGGUGAACUUAUCGGCUCUAAAGGCAAUGCUGAUACCUUCAUUGGUACAUCAUAUUACAUGGCUCCUGAGAGAAUUCAAGGACACUCUUACACCAUCACCUCCGACGUUUGGUCUCUUGGGGUUACCCUACUUGAGGUUGCUCAGCACCGUUUCCCAUUUGGAAAUGAAGCCGACAGUGGUGGGCGUGCUGGUUUGAUCGAUCUCCUCACAUAUAUCGUUCGACAGCCAAUCCCAGAACUCAAAGAUGAACCUCAUCUCGGAAUCAAGUGGAGUGAUAAUUUCAAAUACUUUAUCCGUUGUUGUCUCGAGAAAGAUACUGCGAGACGAGCUAGUCCAUGGAGGAUGUUAGAACAUCCUUGGAUUAUCGAGAUGAAAAACAAGCGUGUCAACAUGGCCCAUUUCCUGGGGCAAGUCUGGGACUGGAAAUGA